AUGGCGCAUUCCGCCAACAUCACUCCAAUGACGACUACACACCCUGGCCGCCUGGCAUACCUAGGCGAACCAGAGUCGCAACUACAUGUUGCGACUAGCCGAAGGCCUAGCAUUUCCGGUGAUUCGGAUGCUCAAUUAACGGCACGGCCCAACCUCCCUCGCGAAGAUGACGGACACCACGUUACGGGAGGGUUUCCCAAGUCCCCGAAACACAAGUUCUCCGACAGCCACAGCAGUUUGUCAUCGUAUACUUCAUCAAAUCAAUCCGGAGGGCACUCGAGGAUAUCCUCAUUAUCUACUGUAAGCGGCAUUCAGCCGUUUACGUCUCUGUUGAAUGAUGUACCGGCCUUCGACACCAAACUCGAUCAUCAGCAGGGAAUGGGCGGCCCGGGCAUGAUUGAUGUUCAGCCCCCGUCACCGCGAACGAUGGGUCAACAUGAUCAAGUGGCCUUGGAUCCUGCGAUGAAGGGAACUGGGAGACCGGGUAGUCCGUCGGAUGCGAUUCUGAUCACCCGAGGUAUGGGUGGCAGCAACCGAUCAAGUCCAACUGAUGGUUUGAGCCCUCACUCAAAACAACAACAAGACAACCUUAAUUACCUAUCAUUACCGCAAGAUCAAUCGUCAAGAACCCAUAAGCGAGCUGUCUCUGCGCCCGACUUUGCCGCUGUUUCUGCGCCUACCUUCCAACCUUUCCCUUCACAGCAACCUUACGGUAUGUCGCCUCCCGAUUCUCCCCCUGCCGUCUCCGGCAGCGACGAGAUCAAGUGUAUGUACAUCGAGAACUGCGACACUGGAUCUCAGCCUCGCAAGGCCAUCUCGCACAUCUUUGGUCGCAACAAGCUCUGCACCCGCAUGAUCCCCGCCCACGUCUGGGUUCACUUCUGCCGCAAGCACUACCAGCGAAGCCGUUACCGCAACGCCCAUGAGUACUCGAAGCUCCAGGUCGAUCUCGUCCAGAAGCAAAUCGCCAGAGUUCAGCAGUGGAGCGAUGAGAAUGAGAGAGCCGGCAAGGCAGGCGUGGUGAACAGCUGGUCUCUUGCAAUUCGCAAGCGAGAGCAGAAGCGACUGGAAGACAAGAAGGAGUCGAAGAAGCGCGCCUACCAGGAUGAGUCCGAGGACGAGCAGCUCGACGGUGCUAUGCUCAACGGCACUGCCGUCCCCGAAUGGCUCCUCAGCAAGUGCGGUGCUGGAUACACCACUGUUGCUAUUCAGGAGAUUGUAGCGCAGCUGAAGACCGAGAUCGACGGAGGCAGCCUGAGCCAAAUCCCCGAUAUCGAGAUUCUCCCCACUAUCAGCAGCGACGGCCCCGAUGAGAAGCCCAAGACCUACCUCAAGCGCAAGACGAGCGGCGGCGCUGCUCACAAGCGUUCUCAGUCGAUGGGUGUCGCUCUGAGACCCGAGACGAUGCCUAUGGCCAGACGUGUCAGCCAACCCAACGCCUACUGGGGCCAUGACAGUAACAACACCUUCUCGCUCGCAAAUUGGGUCCAGAAUACUGACAUCUCUCUAGCCGGCUUCUAUGAGGAUCGCAACGCGAUUCCUGGCAUGCCCCGAGUUUCGUCUGGCAUGCGUCGCAUGAACAUCCCGCACCGUCCCGCCUUUGGCAACAUCCGUGAGAACCACCCUGAGGAGGAUUACUAUCGCCAGCCUCAGAUGGGUUCCGGUCCUUUCAUCUUUGGUGCCGGUGGCCCUCAAGGCGGACCUCUUCCCGCCCCGACUCCCCAGCGUCGCGGCAGCAAGUCCAUGGCUUCUCACCUCGAGACCUCGACUACCAUGCCUGCCUAUCCUGACCCUCGCCGGGCAUUCCACCAGCGAUCUCAGAGCGAGAUUGGAGGAGGUUUCCACCAGGGACAGGCUCCUACCUACCGACCCAACUCGUCCUCGGGCUUCGCUCCUUACGGAUACGCUCCCAACCCGGUUGACCAGCAGCAGCAGCAACAGCAGCCGCAAGACCAGUACGAUGGCACCUACCCUCGUCCUCACGACAACCCGUUCGCCCAGGCCGCUCAGCCCAACUACUAUGAGGAUCCUCAGCGGCAGUACGCCUACGGCGCUUCUCCGUUCCAGCCCAAUCAUGCGUCUCGCCUGGGUCCUGUCGGCGCCAACAGACACACCCGUCACCAGAGCACUCCGAACGCACCCCAUGCCAUGCACCGCGCUCCCUCUGCGCACGGCUUCGCGGUUGCCCCGAACCAGCAGGGCUAUGAUCGGACUCUCGAGCACUCGCGCCAUUCCUCCUACGCCACCCCGCCCAUGCAGCCUAUGCAACCCAUGCAGCCCAUGAAUGACGGCACCCGUCACUGA